AUGUCUAUACAAAGUAGACAAGAAAAACUGCUGGAUUCUGCUCAGAUACUAAUGACUCGACAAGAUGACGACUGGGACAUUAUAGGAAAGUCAAUAGGCGUUCAAUUGAAAAAUCUGAGUACCCAUCAACAAUCAAUUGUCCAAAAAAUUAUCAAUGAUGCCCUAUUUUACGGAAAACUUGGCAAAUUGACAGACGAAUCUAUUAUCACUUUAUCUCCACAACACACAGCAUCAAAUCUUUCUCGCAUUUCACAUCGCUCCUAUCAUUUUUCCUCUGGCUCUUCGGUGACAAAUUCAUCGCCCCAACCAUAUUAUCAACAAUAUCCAGUACAGCCGUCCCCUCAAUCAUCUACAGAAUAUAUGAUACCACAGUCCCCUCAAGCAUCUCUACAACAUACGGUACAACUUUCUCCUGAACCAUCCCAACAAUAUAUGACAUUACAAUCUCCUCAACCAUCUUCACAGCUUACGCUACAACCUUCUUUUCAACCAUCCCAACAUUAUAUGAUACCACAAUCCCCUCAAAUAUCUUCACAGCUUACGGUAAAACCUUCUCCUCAGCCAUCCCAACAUUAUAUGACACCACAAUCCCCUCAAACAUCUCCGCAGCCGUAUUCUUCAUCGUCGAACACUGAACCUUUUAACACUGAAUUUCCAAACUGUACAUUUAGUGAUACAACAAUUGAAAUAGGAACUGGCGCAGAUAUGAAGGAUUUUUUGAUCUUCAAAAAAAAAGAACACAAGUAA